AUGCCCUCCCUGUGGAGAGAGAUCUUCCUGGAGACUUUUCUGGGGUAUGUUUCCUGGUCUCUCUACCAUGGCCUGGCACCAAUGAUCUAUUACUUUCCCCUGCAAACACUGGAGCUCACUGGAUUGGAAGGUUUUGGAAUAGCCUUUCUUUCUCCCGUACUUCUAACGAUUUCUCCUUUCUGGAAAUUGGUUAACAAGAAGUGGAUACUGACUCUGCUUCGGAUCAUCACUGCUGGCAGUAUAGCUUCCCUCAAGGCUCCAAAUGCCACACUUCGACUGGUGCUCCUUGCAUUUGGUGUGUCUUCCUCGUUGGUGGUACAAAGUGUGACUUGGUGGUCAGGAAGUGGUUUGCAAAGGUACCUCAGAAUCUGGGGAUUUAUUUUAGGACAGUUUCUUCUUCUUGUCCUCCGCAUAUGGUAUACCUCACUAAACCCAAUCUGGAGCUCUCUGGUGUCCAACAGGAUAAUACUGACAUUGAGUACCAUAGCCACACUGGACCGCAUUGGUGCAGAUGCUGACUGCAGUCAAUUUGAGGAGAGAAAGCACAGCAAGACAGCCAAGAGUGUGGACCGUGCCUGUAGACCUUGCCGGCUGCUGGCAGGGGCUGCCUUUGGGAGUCUUUUGUUCCUCACCCAAUGGAUCUUUGGAGAAGUCUCUCUUGUGUCCAGAUGGGCAGUGAGUGGUCAUCCCCAUCCAGGACCAGAUCCUAACCCCUUUGGAGGUGCAGUUCUGCUGGGGUUGGCUGGCGGAUUGAUGCUUUCAGCUUGUUCGUGGUGUCAUGAUGCGAGUUUGAUCUGGUGGAUUACAGGAGCGGCUUCAGCUGCGGGUCUCCUUUACCUGCGCACAUGGGCAGCGGCGGUGUCCGGCUGUGUGUUGGCCAUCUUCACUGGGUCCAUGUGGCCUCAAGUACUGGGGCACCUGAUUAGCUCAGGGACAAGCCCUGGGGAAACCAUGACUAGUGCCAUGUUAGUGUAUGUUCUAGAAAUCGUUUUUUGUGCCUGGUGCACAGCCUUUAAGUUUGUCCCGGGAGGUGUCUACGCUAGAGAAAGAUCUGAUGUGCUUCUAGGGACGGUGAUGCUAAUUAUUGGGUUGAGUAUGCUAUUUGGUCCUAAGAAAAACCUUGACUUACUUCUUCAAACAAAAAACAGUUCUAAAGUGCUUUUCAGGAAGAGUGACAAAUACAUGAAACUUUUUUUGUGGCUGCUUGUCGGUGUGGGAUUAUUGGGAUUAGGACUUCGGCAUGAAGCCUAUGAGAAGAAAUUAGGCAAGAGGGCACCAGCCAAAGAGUUCUCUGCUGCUAUCUGGCCUUUCAGAUUUGGAUAUGACAAUGAAGGAUGGUGUAGUCUAGAAAGAUCGGCUCAGCUGCUCAGUGAGACAGGUGCAGAUUUUAUAACAAUUUUGGAGAGUGAUGCUUCUAAGCCCUACAUGGGAAACAAUGACUUGACCAUGUGGCUUGGGGAGAAGCUGGGUUUCUAUACAGACUUUGGCCCAAGCACAAGGGAUCACACUUGGGGGAUUAUGGUGCUGUCCAGAUACCCAAUUGUGAAAUCAGAGCAUCACCUUCUUCCGUCACCAGAGGGCGAGAUUGCACCAGCCAUAACCCUGACUGUUAACAUCUCAGACAGACUGGUGGACUUUGUUGUGACACAUUUUGGGAAUCACGAAGAUGACCUUGACAGGAAACUGCAGGCUAUCACUGUUUCAAAACUACUGAGAAAUUGUUCGCAUCAAGUGGUAUUUUUGGGCUAUGUCACUUCAGCACCUGGUUCCAGAGAUUACAUACAGCUCACAGAACAUGGCAAUGUGAAGGAUAUUGACAGCACAGAUCAAGACAGAUGGUGUGAAUACAUUAUGUAUCGGGGGCUGAUCAGGUUGGGGUAUGCGAGAAUCUCUCACGCUGAACUGAGUGAUUCUGAAAUUCAAAUGGCCAAAUUUAGGAUUCCUGAUGACCCCAUUAAUUACAGAGACAACCAGAAAGUGGUCAUAGACCACAGAGAGGUUCCCAAGAAAACUCAUUUCAAUCCCAGGUUUGGAUCAUAUAAAGGAGGACACAAUUAUGAAAAUAAUCAUCGCUUCCACAUGAAUACUCCCAAGUAUUUUUUAUGAACUAUUUAAAACAAGAAGUCAUUGACUGUGAAAAUAUAAAAAAAAUACUGUAAGAUCAAAUGAAAAGAUUAAUUAAAGCGGGAAGAUACAAACAACCUCAAUUUUUAAAAAGCAUAGAGCUAUGCAGUAAGAAACUUCAACAAUUUAUAAAAUAUAUUGCCUAACAAAAGCAUUUGUC